AUGGCCGCUCCCAAGGUGACCAUCCACCCCCAGCGUAUCCGCGGCUCCGCAAGCGAGCUGGAGAGGCAGCUCCGCCAGGUGACGCCCCAGCUGCCGACUGCUCUGGCGGGCACGUGGCUGGCCACUGACACCGCGCCCGUCCCUGCCGACGCGAAGUUCGUGGACACCAUCAAAGGCCUCUUCCCGAAGACCUGCGACGUGCCCCAGUGCACGCUCGGCUCUGGGGCGCCCGUCACGGGCAAGGACCUGAAGGUGGGCGUCGUGCUGAGUGGCGGCCAGGCCCCGGGCGGGCACAACGUCGUUGCGGGGAUCUACGACGCCGUUAGACGCACCGGGCCCAACUCCGAGUGCUACGGCUUCCUGGACGGUCCCCACGGCAUCUUCUCCGGCAACGUCACAAAAUUCGAUGACCUGAUGAUUGACGGAUACCGGAACACGGGUGGUUUCGACAUGAUUGGCAGGAUUCGGGCGCCACAAGAUCGAGACGCCGGAGCAGUUUGA